AUGGACGAGAUUGAUUUCCACAAUGGUGACGGGAAACGACUGAUGUCAAGAAACAGCGACCUGAUGCAGGCCAAGCGGGAGAAGACUAACAGUGUGCGUGCCGGAUUGAUCAAUAAUAUCAGAUCCAAGCUUGUCGACUAUGUGGAGGAGCAGUUCAUAAAGCGGAAAGAAGAUCUCGUCUCACUUCGACAUGGCCGCGAGUGGUCAGGUUUCGAUGGUCUCAUCGAGUCAUGUUUACAGAGAAAACUAUUCGCAACUGAAGAGCUUCGCAAGAAGACAAGCGACAAGUGCAUCUUCUACUACUCGCAUUCACGCAUCGAAAAGCUAGUCGGGCUGAUAAUCACGCUCAUAAUUUUCGUAUUGCUGGUUUUACCAGUCGUGGCUAUGUAUAAGCUGACUUCAGUUGGUGACCGCAACUCAACCUUCGACGCCGUCGGUAUCCUGGUUGUUUUCACGCUUCUGUUCUCGGCGGCCAUGUCACUUGUGACGAAGGCAAAGCGGCACGAGCUGUUUGGUGCCAGUGCGGCAUAUUGCGCUGUACUCGUCGUGUUCAUCAGCAACUUCAACAAUGAUGGAAGUCGCUAA